UCCGCCACAGCGCACCAAUCCCCAAGCCUUCGUCCUCACUCCUCACGCGGCCACAGACGCAUUUCCCCAGAGGAGUCCGACUGCAUCCACAGUCCGCGCUCGUGCUGCGCCCACGUCCGAGGGACCCACCACCGGCCCCGCCUCCGCCUCCAUAACUCCAUUAACUACCUUGAAGUCGAGCUUGCCUUCAAGAGUCGAGCCAUCGCCAGUUCACCACCUUGCAGUUACAGUCGUCACACUCCCCCGCCGUCUCCGCAUGCCACAACUAGUAAUAGCUCCACCGCCUGUUCUGCUCCUCGUCCCUUUCUUGCUUGCUCGAUGCAACGGCCGGAAUUGACGACGACGUGGUAAGGGUCUGCGCGUGAGCUGAGCUGAGCUCGUCGGAAGAAUGGGAGAAUUCGCGGCGGCGGGCGAGGCGGGGAGCCAAGAAGCGGAGCAGGACGAGCAGGGGAUGCUGGCGACGGCGCUGGACGCCAUAAACUCGCUCAUCUCUGCCUCCUUCUCCGCCUCCCUCUUCCCGCUCAAGUGGCAGCUCGUCAGGGACAGGUUCAACCGGCUCCACGCCGGCCUCGCGGACAUCACCGUCAUCGCGGCCUCCGACGGCGAGGAGAGGCACGAGGCGUUCGAUGGCCUCCUACGGGACGUCGUUGGCGCGGUGAGGGAGGCGCGGGAGCUGGUGCCGCGGAGCCAGGGGCGGCACUACGGAGGCGGCAAGCUGCGGCUGCGGAGCGACCUCGACGUCGUCGCGUCCACGCUCGACACGCACCUGGCGCGGCUCGACGAGAUAUGCGCCUCGGGCUCGCUGACGCGCGCGCGGGCGCUCGUGGUGCCGCGGCCGUGCGCCGGCGCCAGCCGCGAGGACCUGCGGUUCUACGUGCGCGACCUCUUCGCCAGGCUCCGGGUCGGCGGGGCGGAGAUGCGGAGGGAGGCCGCCGCCGCGCUCAACGAGGUGCUGCGCGACGACGACAAGUGCGUGCGGGUCGUCGUGUCCGACGUCGCCGACGGAAUUGGCCUUCUCAUUGGGCUGCUCGAGUCCGCAGACGCUUGCGUCCAAGAAGAGGCCCUGGACGCCAUCUCGGUGAUCGCCGGGUAUGACGCUUCUUGCAAGGGCGACCUUGUCGGCGGCGGCGUCAUCGCUCCGGUGAUCCGGGUUCUUAACACGGGCGCCGGGACGGCGGCCAAGGAGAGGGCGGCGCGGGUGCUCAGCAAGCUCACGGAGAACGCCGACAACGCGUGGGCCGUCGCCGCGCACGGCGGCGUCACGGCAUUGGUCAACAUCUGCUCCGACCACCGUGCCAGCGGCGGCGAGCUCGUGUGCGCGGCGUGCCGUGUGCUGAUGAGCAUCGUGGGUGUUGAGGAGAUAAGGAAGUACAUGGUGGCCGACGCCGGGGCGGUACCGGUGCUCGUGUCGCUCUUGCAGGGCCCCAAGGACGAGGAGGCGCAAAUCCAGGCAAUGGAGCUCCUCGCGGCGAUCGCCUCCGGAGACAGCUCAUCCAGGGAGGUGGUGCUCCAAGAAGGCACAGCCGAGUCCCUCGUCCGCGCGCUGGACCCGGGCAUCCCGCGCUCCUCAAAGGCACGGGAGGUGGCGCUCCGCGCCAUCGACGCUCUCUGUUUCUCGUCGCCGGACUCGAUCGACCGGCUCAUCGGCGCCGUCUUCCUCAACCGCGUGCUCUUCUUCCUCCGCAACGGCGACACCACGCUGCAGCACUGCGCCCUAAAAGCAGCACACCGGCUGUGCCACGUGUCGGAGGAGACCAAGAAGGCGAUGGGGGACGCCGGGUUCAUGCCGGAGCUGGUGGGCAUCGUCCAGGCGGCCAAAUCCCUGGAGACGAGGGAGAUGGCGGCGGAGGCGCUCUGCGCCAUGAUGUCCGUGCACUGCAACCGGAAGCGCUUCGUCCAGGAUGACCGCAACGUGGCGCAGGUGCUGCAGCUGCUAGGCCCCGACGAGGAGAAGCCCUCGCCGGCGAAGCGGUUCUUGCUGUCGACACUGGUGCAUCUGGCGGACAGCAACUCCGGCCGGAGGAAGAUCAUGUCAUCGGAGCACGUGAGGAACCUCGAGAAGCUUGCAGAGACCAACGUGACGGACGCCAAGAAGAUCGUGAAGAAGCUCGGCGGGAGCAAGCUGAGGAACAUGUUCCAUGGCAUUUGGAGCCUGCGACCUUGAUUGUGUCCGGCACCAGUUCUUGAUCGUGCCGUCUGCAUGGGUAGCUAGCACACAUGUUCACUCCAUAUUUUGUUACAGUGAAUGAACGAGUGAAUCUCUCCAGUGUAAUUCGAGUGCUCGGCGAUGUGUUGCUCCUGACGCAGCACACACCCUGAUGCCCACACGCGCUGGCACUCUCCUCUGUACAUUGCCCGUCGCUGUGGAAUAAAAGUAUAAUCAUUCAAAGCCGUUCCGCAA